UAUUGUCUUUAGGGUAUUUAAAGUAUAUCUGCAGCUUAAUACUAAAAUCAAAAGGUCAAAAUGUUGUGUAAUUAUACAUUUGACCUGGUAAGUCAGAGACAAACAAACCUGGCGUUGUUUCCUGUAGCCGCUCAGUUUUCCUCCUCGCCAGUGGGGGCGCUCUAGACUUGCUGGGAGCAUUUUCAGUAAACGGUCAGCCAUCUGCCGCAGUCAGUCAGCUCCAGCGGGAAUGGAAAAUGGAGGAUUGACCGAAUAAAGACUGAGGGCAUUGCAUCGGUAUUUCUAGCGUGUAGAUCCUUUAACGUUUACCAAGACAAAUGAUUACUGCUGCAAAGACUUUGUUUGGUUUGAAGAACCUCUCUGCUGCCUAUCACAGCUGAACUGCAGACAUUGAGUUUGAAAGUAGUGAUUGACUCUAUCAUCUAUGGAGGAGAAUGUGAGCCCUGAGCUCUCUCUAGCUCCAGUGCCAGAGCAGAGCCAGGACCGCAUGGAUAGCUGCUCUCAAGGUAUUGGAGAGGAGGAUCGUGAGCAGGCUGAAACUGAAACUGAAAAUGUGUCCAAUGAGACUCUAGAGGAGCCAGAUAAAUCUUCCAGGGCCAGCAGUGAGAUAAAGAAGACUUGGGGUUUCCGUCAGUCCACUGUUGCAAAGAGAGAAAUGCCAGUGGAAGCAGCAACUAAUAACUCUGACAACCGCUGUGCUGUAAGGCGUAGCGGUAGGCAGUCGAAGCGGACGGACAAACUCGAGGAAUUCCUCUUGACAGCGAAAAGAGGUUCGAGAAAGAGUACCCCUCCCAGUCUGGAAAGUGGAGAUCCCCCUUCCCAAACCCCAACCGAUGUGGAAACUGCCUCAGAGGCCAGCUUCGAUGGUAAUGCUGACACCAGGGCUGCAGAGGAUAAGGUGGAGUCCCCAGAGAGGAGGACACGAAGUAGCACAAGGAAGCAAACUCAGAGGCAAACCCGAAGUGGCAGAGUGACCAGAGGAAGUGGUGGAGCCACAGCCAACGAUGAGGGCAGCUCUGACAAUGAGGAGGACAGCAGAGAUGCUAUCAAGAAAGACCAGGUACAGGAUAGCACCGAGGAGGAAAAAAAUGAUUCCUGUCCCGCAGAUAUAGGGAGUACCGAUACUGCAGAGCCUGCCCCAGAGCAGGACUCUGAGAAGAAAGAGUUGCCUGAGGAGAUAGACAAACGAGAAGAGACAAAUGACGAAGCAGAAACGGAUGAAGAAUCUGAUGAGGAUAGUGAAGAAGACCAAGCUACAUCAAUGGUGGUAAAACGUGGCCCAAUAAGAACUUAUGUCAACAAAAAGAAGGCAGCCAAUAAGAACACUACCCCUGUUAAAGCUCCUGCCAACAAGUGCACCACUCCCAUCAAGAUCGAAACUAACCCUAAAGCACCUCCAGCUGCUGGAAUCACUCGCAAUCCCCAGACGCAAGAGGACAACGAUGAGGAGGACGAUGAGAAUGAAUCAUCGACAUCUUCGUCUUCAUCAUCCAUAGACUCUGACGAGGGAGGAUAUGAUCCCAAUGCACUUUACUGCAUCUGUCGCCAGAAACACAACAAAAGGGUUGAUAUGUUUAUGAUCUGCUGUGACCGCUGUGAGGAAUGGUUCCAUGGAGACUGUGUGGGAAUCACUGAGGCUCGCGGGCGCCUGAUGGAGAGAAACGGGGAGGACUACAUCUGUCCCAACUGUACUGCUAAGAAAAACCAGGUGGUAAGGCCCGCGACGACAGGCCUCUCGACAAAUACAGAGGCCGGGAGACUUAAAGCUGAUGCUGCUUCUGCUGGGAUCUUAUAUGCAACUGGCGAGAAAGCUUACACAAGUAAAGCAGACAACGGUCAGGCUGUGGCAACACCUCUGUCCUUCAUAUCAACCGGACCUGAUGAACGGACAUCAGAGGAUAUGGGCAUCAAAGGCAGGAUAGAGAAAGCUACUAAUCCAACUGGGAAAAAGAAGAUAAAGAUCUUUCAGCCGGCACUACAGCAGACAGCCGUGCCAAAAGCAGACCAGAAGGCGACACCCAUGGUGGAGAAGAAGGCAGCACCCACAGCACAGCAGAAAGCAGCCCCUGUCACGGAGCAUAAAGUGGCAUCAAACGUGGAGGUGAAAACAUCACCAGAGGUGGAGGUGUCAGAGGAGAAGACCGGACAGAAGGCAGUGGAGGUGUCAGAGGAGAAGACCGGACAGAAGGCAGUGGAGGUGUCAGAGGAGAAGACCGGACAGAAGGCCGAGGAGGAGUCUUCCUCUCCCAAAUGUAUCGGGCCUGGCUGUGUGAAUAACGCCCAGCCAGAUUCAGUGUACUGUGGGAACGACUGUAUCCUGAGACACGCUGCUGCAGCCAUGAAGUCAAUCACCGAUGUCAAAGAGCCCAACCAGACGGCACAGAAAACCAAGUCUACACCUAAGAGGAGCGCCUCUGGUGGGAAGAAGACACAGAAGACGACCCGGGACGAGUCCGAUUCUGAUUCUGAUUCUGACUACAGUCCUGAUCCAGAUGAGGAUGACGAAGAUGAGCAUGCUGAGGAACACCCGCCCCCGCCAGCCACUGCAUCCUGGUCCAGCGACCAUAAUUACAUUGCCGUAACACCAGAAAAGACUACACCCAUAUCACCAACAGUGUUAAACAAAAAGUCCCCUCCCGAAGAAGAGCUGCUGAGUGAGAAGGCCCAGAAAGAGAAGGAGCCAGCCGACACUCCUGACAAAGCUGCCCCAGCCUCUGCAACACCAGUCAAAGCAAACAACAAAAAGUCCCCGACCACUAAAGCUGCCAAGGUUUCCCCAAAAGGCAAGAAGCCGACUCCUAAAGCUUCCAGCUCAAAGACCUCCAGGAAACCUGUGACACCCCCAAGUAAAACUGCAGCAAAGUCCAAGAAACCAGUGCCGCCACCCACCCACGCCAAAUCAGCCUAUCCUCCAGGUCCGAUCCACGUCACGGGGGCACUGAGAGUCGUCAAGUCCAACUUCACCAUUCCUAAGAAGCAGCCGCAACAAAAGGACAAUGUAUCCCACAGUCAUUCCUCUUCAUCUUCAAGAGUCACAUCGCCUAAAGUUUCUUCACCUUCCUCCAGCCACUCAUCAUCUUCAUCCAGACACUCGCACCCUCCUUCGUCAGCACCUUCUGUGUCCCCCAUGCCACCUCCACCCAACAACCAGAUGAGACAGAACAUCCGCCGCUCGCUCACAGACAUCCUGUAUAAGAGGGUGAGUGACAGUGAUGAUCUGAAGAUGACUGAGAGUGAGGUGGCAAGGCUGGCAGUUGCGAUAGAGAAAGAAAUGUUCAACCUCUGCCUGAGCACUGACAGCAAGUACAAGAACAAAUACAGGUCCCUCAUGUUCAACCUGAAAGAUCCUAAAAACAAAGGUCUGUUCUACAGGGUGGUGGGUGGCGAGGUUAGUCCCUUCAGAUUGGUGAGACUAAGCGCAGAGGAGUUGCUUUCCAAAGAAAUCUCUGAGUGGAGGAAACAUGACGCUCCUGGGGCCCAGUCUCCCAGUACGAGAGGCCAUUUAGGCCAUUCCAGACUGGGCAACAGGCACGACUCUAGCUCUCAUAGCCUGGAUUUAGAGGAUGCCCCACCAACAUCGGAUGCAGAUGUAUGUAUCGCUGCCGCCACUUCCUCUCGCAUGGCUUCUGCUGCAGACCUAGAUGAGUUGGUUUCAGCUCAGUCCUCUGCUAGUGAGGGCGGCAGUAGCAGCAACGUGCUCGACAUUUUCAGUAACAUGCUCAAAGACACAACUUCAGAGCACAGGACUCAUCUGUUUGACCUCAACUGUAAAAUAUGUACAGGUCAGAAGAUGGAAGAUGAGCCAGCAUCUAAAAAAGCCAAACUGUCUAGACCUUCAAGACAAGAGCUGCAUUCAUCCAGGUCAGGCGAUGCCUCUUCUUUAGGCCAAACACAGGACUCCACAGCCUUCCAGCACCAAGACCCCUUAGCGUACCACCCGGGCGCUCCAUCGUACCAGUCCAACAUGGAGGUCCCUGAAUCCCAGCCGCAGCUUUACCAGGAGGACCUCAGCAUGCUGGUACCUCCAGUCCAGGCCCCCACACCUGUUGUACCCACUGUAUCCUCUGUCAGCAUCACCCGCAGGGACCCUCGCAUGGCCAGGCACAGCUCUGCUGUGACUGUCACCUACAUUGCUCCAGAAAAGCCCACCAGCAACUUACCAGAACCACUUCCUGCUCCUGUUAUUGCUCCAGUGGAGGUUGUGCCCAAGGCACCACUGCCGAUGCCUCCAGCUUCGCCAUCCUCAGUGGCUGUCUCCAAACCAUCGAAAACAAGUUCACUUGAGCCUCCUCCUGAAGGUGAGACAGCAAUUUUCCUCCAUGGUCAAGAAAAGAUUUGGAAAGGAUUCAUCAACAUGCAGACAGUGGCCAAGUUUGUAACCAAGGCCUACCUGGUCUCAGGAUCCUUUGAACACCUGAAGGAGGACUUGCCAGACACCAUUCAUAUUGGAGGCCGAAUAUCUCCUCACACGGUGUGGGACUACGUCGGGAAGCUUAAAACUUCUCUCUCCAAGGAGCUGUGUCUGAUCCGCUUCCACCCAGCUACAGAGGAAGAGGAGGUGGCAUAUGUGUCUCUUUUCUCUUACUUUAGCAGCAGGAAACGAUUUGGUGUGGUGGCCAACAACAACCGCCGCAUUAAAGACCUCUAUCUCAUCCCACUGGGCUCAAAGGACCCUUUGCCCUCCAAACUAUUGCCGUUUGAUGGGCCAGGGCUUGAACCUGCUCGACCCAACCUCCUCUUGGGGCUGUUGAUCUGCCAGAAGGACAGGAAGCGUGCUGGUGCUCCACUGGAAGCUGAGGAGAAACGGUCAAAGAUCCAAACCAAAGAUGACGACACCGGCCUUCUGAAGCCAUCUCCCUCAGUCAGAGUAGAGAGAAGCACACGACAGAGUCAGGAGAUCUCCUUCAGCACAACUCCUCCAGGAACGCCUCCAUCCAGCUCCUCUGAAACUUCCAGCAGCGCUGUGACAGCCUCCUCAGUCCUUUCACUCUUGUCCUCUGUCAAAGCUCCCCCCACAUCCUCUACCACUGGCAAGGAGUCCCCAUCCUCAUCCAGCACUGCUGCUUCCUCUGCAGCCGCUGCAACUCCUCUCGAGACUAUCCUCAGUCAUUUAAAGAAGCAAAAGCAUGACUCAGACGCUUCUAACUCUUCGAUUGAUAAAAGUGAGGAACACUCCCUGCCACCAUCUACUCUGCUAGACACCUUUGUGAAACAGUUUGCCCAGAUUUCUAAAGAAAAACCAGUGGAGGAGGAUGAAGAUGACCGACCAUAUGACCCAGAGGAAGAGUAUGACCCCAGUAGGGGUUACAGUGUUCCCCAGAGGCCUGUUGAGAUGGUAAGAAAACCUGAAGUCCCCAAGCAGCCUGUGGUGAUUGCGAGUGAAGUUGAUGAUGUGGCAUAUGACCCAGAGGAUGACUCAAUAUUUGAUGAGGUGAAAACUUUAGUACCAAGUCAAACUAAGACUGCAGCUGUAGGUAUCACUGAUCCACAGAAGAUCCUGGAGAGCCUGAAAAUAAUUGGGAACAAGAUAUUACAGAAAGAGGGAGAUCAGCAAUUAUUAUCCACAGGGACACCUGGUGCCUCAGACACACUCUUAACUCCAAUUAACAAAUCCCUUUUGGCCAAUAGUCAACUACUGCAGCUUGGCAAAAAGGUGGAGGCACUAGUAAAGUCUUCAUCGGUGGCUCCCUUGAUCAACCAAAGGAGAGAUCCUCGCCAGAUCAGGGAUCCUCGCCAGGCUCUGGCCGGCAGGAAACCGACUGAUGAAUCUGAGGAGUCAGAGGAGACAUCUGCUGUGUUGGCAGAUUCUACACCUCCUUCAGAGCCACAGCUGCCCGAUGUUCCUGAUGUCCCAGACUCAUCACAAGUUGAAGAGACAAAACUGCUUCAAGAGAAAGUGAAAGCUGAGACCCUUCCCUUCAUGGACUCAGACAAGUCAGAGGUGUCAAUUCCUUUAUUAGGAGAGGAGGUGGAACCUUAUAUGGAGGUCAACUAUAUGGAUGAAAAAGAAGUGAAAAAUGAGGAACCUGAGCCAGUUAAGUCAGAAACAGAGAUGGACAAGUACAGUAUUUGGCCAAAUGCUGCCAGUAUUUUAAAAGCUGGCGAUGACUCAGAGUAUGAAGAGAAUAGUCAGGAUACACCAGCUACAAGCUAUUAUGAUGAAGCAGAAAAUACCUCCUCUAUACCUUCAACAAUCCCAGUGCUCACUCAGAGCAUACCAAUGGUUGAGACUCAGACCCAUCACAUAUCGCAUCACAUGUCAGCACCUGGCUUUGACAGCAAGUACAGACCUCCAGCUGACAUCCCUCCCCUAUCCACCUUCCCUCCCCAUCAGAUGCAAGGACAAAACUUGAUAAUGAGGCCUCCACCGAUGUCUUUGCCGCCACCCAUGCAAGGUCUUCCUCCAAUGUCGGGGCCUCCUCCUAUGCAGGGACCCCUGCCGCCCAUCCAUGUUCCUCCUCCUGUACGUGCUCCUCCCCCCAUGCAGGGUGACAGUCAGCAAUUUGGCCCACCUCCGGCUGCAUACACCCCCUAUCAGAACCAGUGGCCACGCACCCAGCCGCAGCAGCAGCAGCCUCUUCCUGGACCACCUCUUCAGAAUAUCCUGCCACCCAGAGGACCACCACCACCAUUCCCUCCAGUGGCCCAAAGAGGCCCUCCUCCUCAAAUGUUUGAUCCCUCCAUUCCCCCUCAACACAUUGGACAACAAGGUCCCCCUCCAGGGCUCCGCCCACCUCCUACUUUUGAUGGACAAAACAACUUAGCUCCACCAAGAUUCACAAGUCCGCCACCACCUUUUAAUUUCCCUGCAAACAGAGGUCCCCCUCCACCUUUCACAAGUCCACCCCCUGGUCACUUUGAUAACAGGCUUCCCCCUCCGUCCCACUUCCCAGGGCCUAGGGGAGCCCCUCCAUCUCAGUACAGUGACCUCAGGGCCCAACCCCAAACGAUAGACCAACCUCGAGGCCCUGCUGAACAGUAUAACAAAGACCCUCCUAACUCUUUCAAUCUAAAUGUGGAGCAAAGUCUAAAUGCUCACCAUAUUUUCAAAGACCAUCAGGGCCCCCUGCCUGGUCCAGCAUACCGGGGACCGCCUCCUAACCAGUAUGAGGAUAGAAGAGGUCCACCUCUCAGUGGGGAAAUGAGCAGACAACACUUCAGCCAGCGUAACCAGUAUGUGAGCUCCGGGCCACACUCCCCACCACCUAACCGAGGUUCUUUUGACGACCACAGAGGCCCUCUGCCUCAGGAGAACAGACCACUUCCAUCCCAGCCUUUUGGAGGAUCAGAGCGCUACCGCCUUGAUAGGCACUCAGAUGAGGCUAGACCUAUUCGGCAUGGGGGGCCGCUGCUGCCAACUCCUCCAGAGGCUCCCAUAGUUCCUCCAAGUCGCAUAGGAGCCCACAGUCCAGACCUGCACAGGGACAACCACUGGCGUCGCCACUCUCCUGAAAUUAGGAGGAGGAGCAGCACCACCCAAGAGGACCCAGAACCUCGCAGUGGAGAUCGCUUUAGUCGCUUUGAAGGAGGGCACAGGGAACCUGUUCCUGGUCCCUUGCAACCCCCCGAAGAGAGACUGAGGGAGCUGUCCGAAGAUCACAGGAGGGAAAGAGAGCGGGAAGUCCCGCAUGCUGGCAGGCCAUCAUGGGACAGGGGGCAGGGGAAGCGGUGGAGCAGAGAGCGAGAGUGGGACAGAAGCAGAGAGAGAGAACGAGAUCAAGAUCGAGGCCGAGAGAGAGAACGAGAUCAGGAGCGAGGCCGAGAGAGAGAACGAGAUCAGGAUCGAAGCCGAGAGACAGAACGAGAUCAGGAGCGAAGCCGAGAGAGAGAACGAGAUCAGGAGCGAAGCCGAGAAAAAGAACGAGAUCAGGAGCGAAGCCGAGAGAGAGAACGAGAUCAGGAGCGAAACCGAGAGAGAGAACGAGAUCAGGAGCGAAGCCGAGAAAGAGAACGCAGCAGAGGGCGUGAGGGCGACAGGCACAAGGAGAUUGAGGGAGAGCGACAAAGGGAUCAAGACACCGACAAGAGGAAAGACCGGGAGAAAGACCGGGAGAAAGACCGGGAGAGGGACAGGCCCAGGGAGAGAGACUCUGACAGAAGGGACUCUGACCGAGACAGAGUUAGGAACCGCGACAGAGACCGUGAGAGAGACCGUGAGAGGAGACGGGAGAGAUCUAGAAGCAGGGAGCGAGAAAAGGAGCGAGAAAAGGAGCGAGAAAAAGAGCGAGAAAAGGAGAGAGAAAAGGAGAGAGAAAAGGAGCAAGAACGGGAGCGAGAUCGGGAGCGUAAUCGAGACCGGGAGCGAGACCGUGAUCGUGGGAAAGAUCGCGGGAAAGACCGAGACCGCAACAGGGAAAGAGAGAGGGACAGAGACAAAGACAAAGACAGGGAUCGUCGGGACAAGAGCAAAAGCCGGGAAAAGAGAGAGGAGAAAAAGGAUAGCAAACACAAUGUAACUAAGGAUCGUGAAAAAACUGCAGACAAUGACAAAAAAACAUCGUAGUCAGUUUCAUGGACACUACAUUACAGUGUGAGACUGUUAAAUCCUUCAACAGUUGAAAUCAUCACUGCAAAUGCAGUAAGUCAUUAAAUUUCCACACUUGUGUUUCUGCACUAAAAAUGUUUGUAUUAUCUUUGUCACCUAAAGUUUGAGUUUGAGAAAAUAAAAAACAAUUCACAUUUGAGAAAAUAAAAAACUGAAGGCCAUCUUAGUUGCUUGUGUAGAACAUGUAUCAAGUAGGUCAUUGAGUCCUAUACCAUGCACCUUCCUCCUGUCAAUCUUCUUUUUUUUUUUUUAAACAAUGCAACCGAUUAACCCACCAUUUGUAACAUGUAAAUAUGAAUAUAUUUGUGUAUAUACUGAUGUUUUUAAUCAUACUUUUCUAAGUAGAGAAAAUAAAAGCCAUAUAUCUGAGAUGGACCGUGUGAAAAGAAAGGCGACAAUGUUGAUAAACGGUGUGUUUAAAUGUCGAGCAGCGUUGAACUCAAAGGCUUCUAUCUACAGUAUAUACCCCAUCAAUGGUCGUUAAUUAAAUGUCCUGAGUUUGUUUCAGCUCAACUAAUAAAAACUGUUUGACAUUAA